AAGCGCAAAUCUACGGUCUGUUCCGCAAUCUUGCCGAGUCAGUUCUUCGGAUCCGUAUACGCAACUGUCAGGUCUAGUUUAGACACGAAGAUCAAAGAUUAACUUGUUCUUUCCUCUCAAUAUUGGAAGAACAAGUGUCACAAUAUAAUAUUAUAAUUAUUUUACUUUUGCGCCGAUUGCAAGAAUCAGCUCUGAGAAAGUCAAUCGAUUAACUACCGAUCAACGAUAAGUUUUUAUAUUUUUAGUUAUUCAGAGUUAAAUGACUACGUGUCUGUACUGAAUCCUUGUAAAAGAAGUCAAUAGUAAAUCAGGUACAAAAAAUGGCAUUCCGUGAUCUUGUGGAAGGAGAUUGUGGAAAUUCCAGCUCGUUGUUAGGUUUGGCAUCACACUAUGUCAAUAAUCAUGGAUUCAAGGAAGAAGGUAUUCAGCAGUUACUUGGGCCACCAAACCUGCAUCAACCAGUAACUGGAGAUCAGUUAGUUAAAGAAUUCCUAGAAGAAUCAGUUUGCCCACAAACAUUUAAAAUGAACAAUUUAUUGCAAGAAAUGAGGAGCAUUGAACAAAGUAUUUCUUGUCCUAUGGUAACAUCUGGAAGUAUCAUAGAAUCAAGUAAUUCAAACAAUAAUUGGAUAAUUGAAUAUACAGAUUCUAAGAACAUGAACAAGGACAUGCAUUUGACUAAAAGUCAUCCUGAAAUUGGCUUUGGACCAGAAUGGGAAGAAGAAUACAUAAAGCAGAAUAUAGAUAUGAAACAGAAUAUUGCAACAAGUAGUGAUUCAGAACAGUUUCAACUUUCAGAAGAUUAUAAGAGAGAAUACUUAGAAUCACAGCCAGAAAUUUUUGAAUUCAUGAAAGAAUAUGAUAUAAACCAACAAAAAAGACACCUUGCUUGCUUUCGUGAUGAUGAUACUAUCUUGAACAAAGUGGAGGAAGAAUUAGAAGCUGCAGGUUCAUGGACAAAUGAAUUUAUAAAAGAUGAUACUUUAUCAAAAGACACUGAUUACAAUAGCUGGGAAGAGUUAGAAAAACAAUGGGAAAAAUUAGAUAGCACUGAUUUCUACCCAUUUGGCGUAUCAAAUGAUCCCGUUUCUGAGGUGUAUGAAUUUCAACAAACAAAUCCUAUGAAAGAUUUGCCAAAUGCGUUAGAGGAAGGCAAGAGACGAUUAAAAGUGGGAGAUUUGCCAGGUGCUGUGCUUUGUUUUGAAGUAGCUGUUCAACAGGAAGAAAAUAAUUCUGAAGCUUGGUAUCUUCUUGGCAGAGCACAGGCUGAAAAUGAGCAAGAUCAUUUUGCCAUUCCUGCCUUAAAGCGUUGUCUGGAUUUAGAUCCAAUGCAUGGUGCUGCUCUCAUGGCACUAGCAGUUUGUUAUACAAAUGAAUGUCAGCAAAGGCAAGCUUGCAUUACAUUGAAGGAAUGGCUAUUGAAAAACGUGAAAUAUGAACACUUGGUUAUAGAAGGUUCGGGAAUAUCUGAACGACAUCCACGUUCACCUAGCAUAUUGUUAGAUAAUGCACUACGGAGAGAAGUUCAACAAUUGUAUAUCAAAGCCGCGAGAAUGAAUCCCCACGGUGAAAUUGACCCGGACGUACAAUGUGGGCUAGGUGUACUAUUAACUUUGAUGAGCGAGUAUGAAAAAGCUGCGGAUUGCUUUCAAGCAGCGUUAGCGGUGCGUCCCGAGGAUCCUGGAUUGUGGAAUAGAUGGGGCGCUACUCUGGCUAAUGGGCAACGAUCGGCAGAAGCUAUAGAUGCGUAUCGACGUGCCUUAGAAUUAUCGCCUGGAUUCAUCAGAGCACGUUACAACCUCGGCAUAUCUUGCAUUAAUCUUGGAGCACAUGCACAAGCAGCUGAACAUCUUCUGAUAGCCUUAAAUCAGCAAGCCUCAGGAAGAGACACAGAAGGUAAACCUGUAGCUUCUGAAGUAAAUAUGUCAAGAACGAUAUGGUCAACUUUAAGAUUAGUAAUAGCAUUAAUGGACAAAGUUCAUUUGAUGGAAUCUGUAGAUAAUAGAGAUUUACAAAAAUUAAAUAAGGAAUUUGAAAUUGUAUGGAAUCCACACACAUAAAUGCAUUUAUAAGUUUACAUGGUAAUAUGCAAAUACUUUAGGUAUAGAUAAUCUGGAAAAGAAAUAAUCGUAUUUUUUGCCAUAAAUACGGGUAGAAUAUAUGGAUGGUUAAUGGCGCGCGAAUUCUGACAUAUUUUAUAUAUAUUUCCAACAUGUUAAUUAAAUCUGUAAAAAUGUAUUGGGUUGGCCAAUAAUUCUUGUGCAGUUUUUUAUCUGCAAAUGAAAGAUGAUGUUUUAUAGAAUACAAUAAUUAGUCAAUAA